AUGAAGGAUACAUUCAACGACUCCGAUGCCGAAUCAUUCCAUUCGGCCCGAUCAAGCACCAACAAGAAGGCAGCACAGCAAACGACCAUGCCAGAAGCUCGCCCUGCCAAGAAAUGCAAAUGUAGACGGUCAAGCACACGACACAUGCAAGACUUGAACAGUCUUCCUGAUGGGUUGACGAGCCCAAGCCCAGAGGAAUGCGAGGAUUCGUCUGAGAUGACCGACCAGGGCAUUUCUCGGCCUGGCUCGAGUAGGUCCAGACGUCGACGGACCAAUCCCAGCACACCAAGACGACAGAGCAGCACCAAUUUUGGAAGGAACGGAGGAAGAAGGCACUCUUCUCGAAGGGACCCGACAACUUUACAUCGGCAGAGCUGUCGGCUCUUCUCGUCGCUGGACGGAAUGCUCGUCUUGAGUCGAGAAUUCACGCCUUUGCCCAGCGUUUCCACAACACGAACAGCCACUCGACAUGCCUCACUCGUUCCAGACGACACACCAGUUCCAGCGCCGUCCAGCAGGACGGAGAUGGAACGACAGCUCUGCCACACCGUGGACGAGAAGCUGAAAGCGGUCAAACGAGAGCACCAGACUCGUCGUCCGUACCGCAGAGUGAGUUUGUCCUCGGCGUCGGCGUCGGCGUCGGCGUCGUCCUCACCCUCGCCAGCCUUCCGGCACAGCUACUCGGACUCCUCGCUUGUGUACCAGUCGCACGUGGUCAGCCCGCGGAUAUCAACGUCGGUCAGCGACGUGGACAACAAGUACGGCCGACAAGAGAGCACGUCUGGAGGAGGCAAUGACGCGAGGCGGCCGCCUUUGAACGCCGUCAUCUCCUGGACGUCCAACGCCACGCGAAGAGAGGAAUACGAAAAGAUCGACCGCGCUCAUUCUGGGUUCAGGGGUUUCCUGCGAAAGAUGCUGCCAAAGUGUAUGCACUCAAAGAACGCCAGACGAGCGUUCUACGCCGGAGCUGGAGGUGACGGCGACAGCGACAGUGUACGGAGAUUCCGAAUGAGUUUAGACGACAGCGACGAUGAUGAUGACGACGCUGAUGUUGAUGAUGAUCAUGGGCGAGCGAAGACGGCGGCAGAAAACGAAAAUGAGAAAGCGAACCAUGAUGACAUUGGUGGUGUUGAUGAUCAUGACGAUGAUGAUGAUGAUAGUAAUGACGAUACCCUAGACAUGGACGAGAAACAGCAGUGUGUCGGGAGCAGAAGACGUCUCGCCGUUACCGUCUCGGCGGCACAACCAGAACCGGGCCCCAACUCCACAUCCACGGCUACGACGACGAGCACAACGACCCAGCCGCCCACAGAAGGGAAGAAACACAGGUGGACAUGUUUCCAAUAA